CGCCGCUGUCUGACUCGGAUUUCAUCUACUGGCACUCGCUUCAAGUCCUCCGUUCGCGAUAGCGUGUCCGGCACCGCUCGCUUCUUGAGCACCAACUCGACCAAACUUCGACUCAGCACCGCACACAUGGGCUUUGGGCUGUUAUGGGCUGCGGCCCUGGACUUUGGACUCCAGGCGGCCGUCGGCGCCUACUCCAUUGCUGAGAAGACCGAGCGCUACUUUGAUCUGACGGGCUCACUCACCUUUGUGCUCCUGGCGCUCGCGACGUAUCGGCAAGGCUUCUCCAACGUGCGCAAGCUCAUCUCGACGGCGGGCUUGAGCGUGGCUCGGUUGUACCUCGCCGCCUUUCUCUUUCACCGCGUUUCGAAGGAGGGUCAUGAUGGGCGCUUUGACAGCAUUCGCGGCAACCCCAUGCGAUUCGCCUUUGUCUGGUUUGUCCAAGGCAUCUGGGUUCUCGUCGUCUCGCUACCCACGCUGUUGACCAACCUGUCCAAGCGCACUGUUCCCAUGGGCCCAGCCGGCUAUGCGGCUGCGGGUCUUUUCUUGCUGGGCCUCGUCUUUGAGGCGGGCGCCGAUCUCCAAAAGAUGGCCUUUAAGGCCAACCCGGAGAAUGAGGGCAAGUUUAUUCAUUCGGGCUUUUGGGGCCUUAGCCGUCAUCCCAACUAUUUUGGCGAGAUUAUGAUGACCACAAGCCUGUACUUGCUGUCUCUGCCCGUCCUGCGUGGCUGGGGACAUUUGGCCAUUCUCUCCCCCAUCUUUACCACCUACCUGCUCCUCUUCGUUUCGGGUGUGCCCGCUUCGGAGAAGCACCACCAGCAAAAAUACGGCGAUCAACCUGCCUUCCAGCAAUACGAGCGCGACACGGCCCUGCUCAUCCCCUACAUUUACUAAAAGCGGGCACGCCAUUUGUAUCAAGAAUCCGGAUAUAUCAAGGGAGGUUGGGCCUUCCUCCUC